AGUCUGGGGGCCAUGAAUAAGUCAGGGAUAUCUACUGUGACACAGUUUGUCUUGUUGGGUUUUCCUGGUCCCUGGAAAAUACAGAUCAUCCUUUUCUCAAUGGUUUUGUUGGUCUACAUCUUGACUCUGACUGGGAAUAUGGCCAUCAUUUGUGCAGUGAGGUGGGACCAUCGACUCCAUACACCUAUGUAUGUGCUCCUGGCCAACUUCUCCUUUCUAGAGAUCUGGUAUGUGACCUGCACAGUCCCCAACAUGCUGGUCAAUUUUCUUUCCAAAACUAAGACCAUAUCAUUCUCUGGCUGCUUCACUCAAUUCUACUUCUUCUUUUCCCUGGGCACAACUGAGUGCUUCUUCCUCUGUGUCAUGGCCUAUGAUCGGUACCUGGCCAUCUGCCGUCCACUGCACUAUCCCUCCAUUAUGACCGGGAAGCUCUGUGUCAUUCUGGUGUGUCUUUGUUGGCUCAUUGGUUUCCUUGGACAUGCAAUUACUAUUUUCUUCAUUUCUCAACUACCCUUUUGUGGUCCCAACAUUAUUGAUCACUUCCUGUGUGAUGUGGACCCACUGAUGGCAUUGUCCUGUGCCCCCACACCAAUCAUAGAGUAUGUAUUCCACUUUGUGAGCUCUCUUAUCAUCAUUCUCACCAUUUUGUACAUUAUUGGGUCCUAUGCCUUAGUGCUCAGAGCUGUGCUUCAGGUUCCUUCUUCAGCUGGGCGGCAAAAGGCCUUCUCUACCUGUGGAUCCCACUUAGCUGUGGUGUCUCUAUUCUAUGGAACCAUAAUGGUGAUGUAUGUGAGUCCUACAUCUGGCAACUCAGUUGCUAUGUAUAAGAUCAUCACACUGAUAUACUCUGUAGUGACACCAGUCUUAAACCCCCUCAUCUAUAGCUUACGCAACAGGGAAAUGAAAUUUGCCCUCCGUCAGGUCAUUUGUGGAAUAAGAAUCAUCCAACCCUCAUGAAAAGGUUUUGCGAGAAACAAUGACUCUUUUUCUGAAAGUGCAACAGUAACUCUUUUCUUCCAAUCUAAACUGAUUUGACUUUA